CUAAACAAUCUUUAAUCUUUCCAACUGACUGUGUCGGCUUUUUUGAGUUGUCUCGGUUGGUGGAGAAGUCCAAACCUUAGAAUAGCGGUAACACACGGGGAUCCACUCAAGACAAUCCUGAAUGUAUUUUACUCUAGAUUUCUGGACUAAAAGGUAUAGAAAGCGGGUAAUCUUUCUUUAGUCACCACUCCGGUCCUACGAUGAAUUCGAAACGUCUGCUUGACAUGUCUCCGGCUGAAAUACUGGUCGGGGGCGCUUCGAAACAAGCCGGUAUUGACCAGCAUGCAGAGGGUUCCAAGGGAAGAGAAAUGAGUGUCACCGCCACUGACAGCGGUGUCAUUCUGGCGUGCAAGAGCGGGCCCGCAACAGGAGCAGUUUUCUACACAUUCGUGCUAGACGAUGGCUCUUUGAGAGAAUGUACAAACCAGGACAUCAUCCUCAAUGGGAAUGACCUGUCGUCAAGGAGAGAAAAAUACCCGCACCUGAAUAUAAUGGGUUGUGGUGGCGAGGCAGAUGAGAGGAACAGCGGUCUAACUGGGGUCCUUACUAACGGCAGUCCCACUCACUGCCUGAUCCUGAACGAGCAGAAGCCGGACAGACACAUGCACUCGAAAGCGAGGACCCCGCUGGUGCCCGGUGGUUGCCAGGAAACAAACAGACAUCAAGUUCCACCUGAGGAAAGAAACCCCCACCCCUCCUCCCACAUACCUGUCCCCCGAUGCAGGAAACCCUCAGGUCAUGCUGAUAAGGAGGUAAUGGCUGCCACUGUCCUGACAUCACUGUCCACCUCCCCACUGGUCCUCACCCAGACAUCCUCAGCUGCAGUUCCGGAGCCGGCCAGCAGGGGGUGGAAGGAGGUGCUGUCGACCAGCUACAGCAGCUCCACCAGUGGCAACUGGAGCUGGGACGCCAGCGACCAAUCAGUGCCCUCCACGCCGUCCCCGCCCCUCUCCAACGAUGCCAGCCAGAGCUUCCUGCUCCCCUCCCAGGGCGAUGACGUCAUCGAGGACAUCACAGAGAGCACUCACUUUCCGUUUGAGGACCCCAUACACCGGAAGCGAAAGAACUCCAUGAAGGUGAUGUUCAAGUGCUUGUGGAAGAACUGUGAAAAGGUCCUCAGCACCUCUUCAGGGAUCCAGCGACACAUCCGCACCGUCCACCUGGGGCGGAACUGCGACUCGGACUACAGCGACGGGGAGGAGGACUUCUACUACUCGGAGAUCGAGAUCAACAUGGACAGCCUAUCAGAGGGCUUGUCCAGCCUCACGCCCACCUCCCCCACCACCUCCGGCCCUCCCCCCAUUUUCCCCCCUGUCUCUCUCACCGCCUGUCUCCCUCGCUCUGAGCCCUCCCACAUCGCCAUGAGGGGGACGCAUGGCCACGCCCCCACCCUGCUCAGCCAAUCAGCUCCCUCCACGCUCUGCCAUAUUCGCACUGACCACGCAUACCAGGCCACUGCUCCUUUGAGUAUUCCUGUGUGUUCGGAGCAGGCUGGUGGGAAUGAUGGGAUUGGGAAUUGGGAUGGGAUCAGUGUGUCCUGGCAGUCCCCUCCUGUCAUUUUUAAAGGCUUACCGGGCCCUUUGACUCACACCCGCACAGUGAGCUUCGGGGAGAAGAGACAGCCUGCCCUUCACACACACACCACCAUCAGCAAGACACCCGCCUCUACAGCCCCCCUGGCCAAAUCAGCACCAGGAACCAGGAAACCCCGCGGAGAGGCCAAAAAGUGCCGGAAGGUGUACGGCAUGGAGAAGAGGGACAUGUGGUGCACAGCCUGCCGUUGGAAAAAAGCCUGUCAGCGAUUCAAUGAUUGAACCCCACUACAUCACUGGGAUGGACUCUUCCUCUGCCAGCGCUUCACUGAGGUGGUCUUCCACUGAGGAGAUGUGGGGGUUUCUCCGUGAUGAAGCUGCUUAGAGCACGCACUGCUUCCUCCUGACCAGCAGGGGGCUCUCUGCUUGCUUCUCUUAGUCCUCAGACAGCUAAACACACGAAACACACAAAAAAAAUAGAGAAAAAAGUAUAUGGCUUUGGAAGCAUUGUUUUUAUUUCUAAGGAUGAUACUUUUUAGGUAAUCCAAAAAACUAUUAUUCAAAACGUGAUUCAGAACCUUUUCGAUUUGUUUUGUACUUUCUAAUUUUGCAAUUUUGUAGGGCAGUGGUUGAAGAUUUCAGAUAAGCUUUUUGGUAUUGUGUACUCUCAACAUGUUGUUCUUUACUGGUCCGAGUAUCAUGGAAGCUACUGUGUUUGAGUCUACAAGAUCCUGACACCACUCUCAUCAGCGUCUUUCAAAUCACCUCUGUUGACGUUUUAGAACUAAAACCAGAUUAACUUCGUGGCGUUUAUUUGAAUGGAUCGUUUUCAAAUCUCAACGGUCACUCUAUUGAAAUGGGCAGUAUGUCUACCAAAGGAAAACAGGAUCAGAAUCUCUCUAAAUUCACUCAGAAUGUCACUUUUAUUAAGACACAAGUUUGUUAUUCAUAUAACACAUCGCAUGCUCUUAUGGGAAUUCAACUCAACAAUCCCCAUCUCUUUGUUUGGGAAGUUAAUAGUGCAUAGCUACACAUCAUAAGCUUCCUGCUUUUUCCAUCUGCUGGCACCAAAUGUUACACUUUCAACCUUCAAAUUGUUCAACAUACAUGUACAGUUUAUAUUUUCCCUUUCUUCCUAUACCUCUACACAGAUAUGCACCUUUCAGAAACAACACAUCUUUCAACAGACCACAUGUAAACUUUGUAACCACACUGUUCACUCUCAUUUCUCACAUUUAACAGUUUAACAGUUUUCAGUGAUUAGUUGCCAAGGCAACUAGUAGUUGCGAAGUGCAAUCACCAGGGUUUGGACAGUCUGGUCUUGCUUUGAUUAAUCAGCUCUAUUGUUGAUUACAGUUAUCAACAACACCAUCAAACCCUCCUGUAGCAUAGCUGGCUACUCAGAGUUCUGGAAUCCAUUUUCUGUGUACGUUCAUAGAAAAAUAUUAUCUAAUUCUAGUUCUCUGUGGGUAAUCUACCUAGUCCUACUCAACCGGGACUCCCAGUUACUGCUCUUAACUGGUAUCUAUCUAAGGGUGUUGAAAUGUAAAUCUUUUUCUCAGAGGGAUUAUUUGCGUCCCAUGAAUUGUACCUAGAUUCCUGAUCAGACACAUUGAUAUAGAUGUAUAUUUUUAAACAGAUAAUUUGUUUUACUUUAGCUACUUUUAUUUUUUUGUUGCCAGCUCUUUUAAUGUAGUUUCUGCUGCCCCCCCCCCUCUCUCUCUCUCUCACUCUCUCACUCUGCUCCCAACUCUCU